GCAAAAACCUACGAACCGAUUUGUGAGAGAGCCUGCGCAGGCCCGGAUUAUUUUCAUCAGCCCUCACGACAAGACUAACCGACAACAGGCAGCGUUGAUCGCAAACAGGCACAAUGGCGAUCAAGCACAACCAGAAGAUCGUGAAGACCCACUUCCGCAAGGACUGGCAGCGUAGGGUCCGAUGCCACUUUGACCAGCCCGGCAAGAAGAAGAGCAGGCGCACUGCUCGUCAGGCCAAGGCUGCCGCCGUUGCGCCCCGUCCCCUCGACAAGCUCCGCCCCAUUGUGCGAUGCCCUACCCUCAAGUACAACCGCCGUGUCCGUGAGGGCCGUGGUUUCACCCUCGCCGAGCUCAAGGAGGCCGGUAUCCCCAAGAAGUUCGCCCCCACCGUCGGCAUCAGCGUCGACUUCCGCCGCCAGAACCUCUCCGAGGAGUCGCUCGCCGCCAACGUCGCCCGCCUCAAGGCCUACAAGGACCGCCUGAUUGUCUUCCCUCGCAAGUCCAACAACCCCAAGGCCGGCGAGACCAAGACCAACCCCCGCGAGGUCGAGAAGGUCACCCUCAUCUCCAACGCCCUCCCCGUUGCCCCCACCGACCAGGCCGUCAAGGAGAUCAAGAAGAGCGAGAUGCCCGAGCCCGUCGAGGGCGGUGCCUACGCGAAGCUGCGUUACGUCCGCGCCAUCAAGCGCUCGCAGGGUGCUCGCGACAAGCGCGAGAGGGAGAAGGCCGAGGCCGAGACUGCCAAGAAAUAAACGCCUCCUCUUUCCUAGGGGUGCUUGGGUUGCGAUUCAAAAAGGGAAUUGGUGUUCUGAGGUCAUACUGCUCUUUGCGUUUCUCUUUAUCACGGAGAUGGGGAGCAGUGUCCGGUUUCCGACGAGGGACUAUCCGGCCGGGGGGUCUAGUGUGGGGAUGGAUGAUUCUAGGUUUCCAGGUCGUAUGAAUAGCAUGAUCACCGGCCUGCUCUGUAUUUCAGGGUCAAUGGAAUAACGAAUGAAAGUC